AGUAGCUUCAUAACAGUUCAUCCCUGCUUGCUAACAUCACAAAGCACUUGAAUCUGCUUUCGGAAGUGUUUCACUUUUGGGCUUAACAUUUUCGAAACGAUAUACAGCUCCUGCCUGAAAACAAGUCCCAAGCAGUUGAAAUUCUAGAGCCAAGUUUUUGCUCAGAGAACAGGCAUCAAGGCUUUUUUUUCCUGAAAGGAUGGCUUCCAUGGUGCGGGAGGUACUUGGGCUGGUACUCUGUGUACUGGGAUGGCUGGGCAGCAUGCUGGCGUGCGGGCUACCCAUGUGGAAAGUGACAGCCUUCGUUGAGCAUGUUAUAGUCACUCAGACUGUCUGGGAAGGUUUAUGGAUGAACUGUGUAGCGCAAAGCACUGGUCAGAUGGAAUGCAGAGUGUACGACUCGAUGCUGGCCCUCUCCGGAGACUUACAGGCGGGGAGAGUCCUCAUUGUACUUGCCUGCCUGGUGGGCUGCAUUGCCUUGCUACUGACUAUUUUAGGAGCCCAGUGUACCACCUGUCUACAAGGCAACAGCAGCAAAAGUAAGCUUGCCGCAGUUGGUGGUAUAAUCUACGUCCUUUGUGGGAUCCUUGUCCUUAUUCCUCUUUGCUGGGUGGCCAACAAAAUCAUCAGGGACUUCUACGAUCCCAUGGUUCCCAAAGCGAACAAGAGGGACAUGGGAGCUGCUCUGUACAUCGGCUGGACAGCCACAGCUCUUCUUUUGGUCGGGGGAGUGUUGUUGUUUUGCUCCUGCCCAGCUAAGGCGCGCAACAAGUUUUCGGUUAAAUACUCUGCCUCUAAUAAACCCACCUCAAACGGAGAAUAUGACAAGAAAAACUACGUGUAAACAGAAUGGGUUUAGUUUUGGAACUGCAGGCUGCUGAAGUAGCCCCUUCCUAACUUCCCGCCUGUAAGGAAUCCUAAGUGUGACUGUGAUGUCCUGAAGGACCUAGAAGGUACUUAUGUACUUUUGUGCAGGGAUGUAGAACUUGUAUCCUUUGAUUCUCAAGAGUUGCACUUUAAGAGGUGCAUAAAUGCAGUGUGAAAUGAAUUUGAUAUGCAGACUGUUGUGGGGCAGUCUAGGGACGUAUGAAACAUUUCCAUAUGACAAGAAUUCUGAUGGACACUGGGCAUUUGUUUUAUGAAGCGAUAGUGGACAGUUUUUUUCCUUUGAGCUAGCUAUCUUUGAAGUGUUCAGUGGAACUCCGUUACCAGAAAGUUGAUAUUUGUAGUUGUUUGGCUUUGUAUUGCCCGGUGGCGAGUUUGUGUGCCAUUUUUUGUUCCCUCUUAGACUUGCUAUUAAAACGUUAUUUUAUUGUCUGAACAGCCUGCCUCCCACUGUAGCCUUCUCUUGCAGUCUGUGCUGGAUUAGAGUCCCAUCAAUGACUGCUGCAAGCCUGUUUUUGGACAGCAGUAAGUAAAUAAAAUGUAUGUUUUGUAUAUGCAGGAUGUUUCUUAACUUUUCAUUUAUACAUAUUGAAUCUAACAAAAAAUGGAAUGUAAACAUGUUUGAGACUUGCUUUUGGAAAUAAAUACUUGACAUUUUAUGUUGUUUAAUACAUACGCAGAAAGAAAA